AAAAUGGAUGUGGGAAAUCACUCUGUUGUGUCUGAAUUUGUGCUCCUGGGACUUGGAUACUCACACAAUAUUCAGGUUUUGCUCUUCAUAAUAUUUUUGACUCUUUACCUGAUCAUUGUACCUGGUAAUGUUGUCAUUAUUACCUUAAUUAUCACUGAUCCGCAUCUCCACACUCCCAUGUACUUCCUAUUAGCCAACCUGUCCUUCGUUGAUAUGUGGCUUUCUACAAAUACCACUCCCAAAAUGAUUGCAGACUUUUUCAGGGAGAAGAAGACAAUUUCCUUCAGAGGCUGCAUGUCACAAAUCUUCUUUUCCCAAUUCAUUGCAGCACUUGAGAUGGUACUUCUGGUGGUAAUGGCCUAUGACCGUUAUGUGGCCAUCUGCAAACCUCUUCAUUAUUUCACUGUGAUGAGCCUCCAAAGAUGUAUUGGGCUAGUGGUGACUGCCUGGGUAAUUGGUAUUGUGCAUGCUAUAAGUCAACUUGUUUUGAUUGUGCCGCUGCCUUUCUGUGGGCCCAGGGAAAUAGACAGCUUUUUUUGUGACAGACCACUGGUAGUAAAGCUAGCUUGCAUGGAUCUCCAUAACUUAGAAAUUUUCAUGAAUGUCAAUUGUGGAAUGGUAGCUGUCAUUCCUUUUUUUCUGUUGCUAAUCUCCUACACACACAUUCUUCUAACUGUCUCCAAAAGCUCUAAAAUGAGUGCAUCCAAGGCCCUGUCUACAUGCACUGCACACAUUACAGUGGUGGUUCUCUUCUUUGGACCCUGCAUCUUCCUCUAUGUGUGGCCACUCAGCUUCACCUGGAUGGACAAAUUUCUUGCCGUGUUUUACUCUGUUUUUACACCUCUUCUAAAUCCAGGGAUUUAUACAUUGAGAAAUAAAGAGAUAAAAAGUGCCUUGGAAAGACUCGGGAGCUACUAUAUGAAUUCCAAGUGGAAAACUUAA